AGCCUAGCCUUCGGUUGUCCCCCCCACGAACUCUCGCCGUAACUCGGAAAGUUUCGUCUUGGUGCUGCUUUGGUGAGGUGGAGGAGGGCCUGGGGGAGGGGAUGGCGAAAGGAGACGACGCGGUGAGGAGGAAGAGGAACAAGACCCACCGCAAGCGAAUGAGGAACAGCGACUCCGCCGUCUCCGCUCGCGUCGCCUCCAUCAUCGCCGCCAAGCACCGCCGCAAGGCCGGCAAGCGCCGCAUCUGCGAGGGGAUGUGCUUCAGCCUCCCGACUCCCGACGACCCCUUCAACGAUCGGCACGGCAAGAAGGGCGUGGCCAAGACGUGCGCCGCUCGGAGGGCCAACGAGAAAAGAAAGUCGCUUGCCCUCCCCAAGGAGGUCCCUCCUCCCGGUCCGGCCGCCGAGAACAAAGUAAAUCAGGUAGACGUCGCUCCGAAUCACGAGGGAGACCGGCGCCCUGGAGGAAAGGGCGGUGGAGAUGGUGGCUGCUCGGACUACGGCAGCCCCUCCAAGUUUCUUAUCCUCUGCCUGAACGCCCUACAGGAUGCUUGGGUCGAGGAAGGGACAUCCGAUGGAAGUGUGGAGGGGAAUCUCUUGGCCAGCACCUGGGGUGUGGAGUUCUGGAGGUGCUGUUCUGCCGGAUCGGAUAUAUCGGACACUAGUGGGGCUUGUGCUAGCAGAGAGCAGAUCGCUUGGCUGGUUUCCACGGCUUCUGAUAUCAUUGCACAGAAGGAGAAGCAGGGGAUUUUCGUGACCAGCCCCUUCCUUGUAUACCUCGUCCCAUCUCAAGAGAAGGCUGUUCAGGUUAGAUCACUGUGCAAACCACUCAAGGCUUUCGGAAUCCACACAGUAAGCUUGCACCCCAGUGCGUCUAUGGAUCACCAGGUUCACGGUUUAAAAAGCUGCGAGCCUGAGUUCGUUGUAUCCACCCCAGAAAGGCUUCUUGAGCUUGUUGCCCUAAGGGCCAUUGACAUAUCUAGUACAUCCUUAUUGGUUAUUGAUGGAUUGAAAAAAUUUCUAGACCUUGGGUUUGUAGAUAAAGUCUAUUCCAUCAGGGACAGUAUAACUGGACAUCCUCAGAUGGUUCUCUUCAGCGAUUCUGAUGAAGAAGCCCUUAAGCCUGUGGUGCAAAAUUUACUCAGAAAGCCACUUAGGAGACUGUCGUUGUAUGAUUCUGCAGCUAGUCAAAGUGCAUUUAUAUCUCAACAUGUGCACUUAUGUACACCAGAAGAGGAUAAGCUAUUGAAGGCUAUGCAAAUUCUUACUCAGACACUUAGUAACCAAACACCCCAUUGUGUUAAGGUCCUAUUUAUACUGGGAACAGCUAGCAAGGCUUAGAUGUUAAUUUCUUCCCUUAAUGCUGGAGGUUAUGCAUUAUAUGACUCUGCAAGCGACUUCUUUAUUAUAGCUGACAGUGAAAAGGUGACAAAAGUCACGGUGAAGGAUAAAGAGAACAUUCUGAAAGCAGAUAUGGAGGAAUUUGAAAUAGUGAUGUUUGUGGAUCUGCCCUCAGUUGAAGAUUAUGUCGAAAUUCUCACAAGAAUUGCACGCCAUUCUGUAACUGGGGUGCUACAUAGUUUUUUUCGGAAAGCAGAUGCUCCUCUCUCUCAGCCUCUAAUCAAUGUGCUUGAGCAGUGUGGUCAGAUGGUGCCUGAAGUCCUGAGAAGUUUUGAUUCUUCAUAGUUUAACAGUUGAGGUUGGAGAUAUUUGAUGAAUGAUCAGCAGUCUCAUUCAUUUGUUCUUUCAUUUUUCUUUCAUUAUGGAUGUGACAUGCUUUAUGAUAGAGUUAUAUCCACGAUGAAUGCGGUUUUGACCUUCACCUAGUAACUGAUCUCUUCCUGAUAGCCUUUUUAUCUACCAAAUAAUUUAGUAUGACUCAUGUUGAAAGUUGCUUUAUAGCUUAUGUUUUGAAGUUUCUCAAAAUUCAUACCGUGCUAAAGUAUAACCUGUUUUCUAGAAGUAUCAUCUCAUGCUGUAUAAGAAAGUUAAGAUACAUGAACUCCCGAAUGGUGUCUGCAUAAACAAAGUACUGGCCUCUGCAAGGCAUUGUCGGGGAUGUGCGGUCCAAGGAUUUCUGAUGCUGCUGAAGUAUGUUAAUCUGAAUUUAGUUGUAGCUACUUGUAUGUUUGAAACUGUGCAACGUGUCAGUGGAAUUUUGAAGAAUUCAUUCUGCAGUUUCUCUUUUAUUUCUUUUCAAAUUUUCUCCAGAAACUCCUGGAUAAAGUGGAUCUGUGUUGUACCGUUCUGGCAUUAUGUCCAGAGAAUGGCCAACCAAUCACCUUUCCCUUCAAUGUAUCAAUUCUCUCCUUAGAUCCCAUGAUCAAGUGUUUGCAGUCUUUCA